AUGGAAAGGUACGCCGAGUCUUCCACGCUAAAGAAAAAUUCGCACUGGGUGAGAAAAAAGGUGCCCGCAGGUCCGACUUGGGAACCAGUACCGGAGGACCAGUUGCCACCGCCAACGCGAGUAGCGGCUGAGCUGGUGGACAAACUCGAGCGUCUGGCUUUAGUUGACUUCCGCACCAAAGAGGGACUUGCCUGCUUGGAGAAGGCCAUCCGAUUUGCAGAUCAGCUUCACGUUGUCGACACGACAGGAGUCGAGCCGAUGGAUUCGGUUCUGGAGGACAGGGUUUUAUACUUGAGAGAUGAUACGGUGAUGGAAGGCAACCAAGCUGAAGAACUUCUGCAGCUCUCCCAAAAAACAGUGGAGGAAUAUUACGUGGCACCACCAGGAAAUAUUCCAUUACCAAAGCGGGAAGAGCGGGCUGCCAUGUUGAAACACUCUGAACUCUGA